UAAAAGCUCUGCAAGUCUGCAAUAAAAAUGGCCUCCAAUAAAACUACAUUGAAAUCCAAAAUAUUUGUCUUUAAGUGACAAGAAUUAGUGAAGCCGAAAAGAGUACCAGGAAACAAUCUUCCAUUGAAUCAAAGAAUUUUAGUCCAGCGGAGAACACAGAUGGAGAUGUUCCCCACUUGUAGCCUGCUUGCCUCAUCACCACACAAAAUGGGAAAGAAACAGAAUGGCAAAGGUAAAAAGGUUGAAGAGGCAGAGCCUGAAGAAUUUGUUGUGGAGAAAGUCCUGGACAGACGUGUUGUAAAUGGAAAGGUGGAAUACUACUUGAAGUGGAAAGGAUUUACAGAUGCUGACAACACAUGGGAACCGGAAGAAAACUUAGAUUGUCCAGAGCUAAUCGAAGCUUUUCUGAACUCUCAGAAAGCUGGUAAAGAAAAAACAGAUGGUGCCAAAAGAAAAUCUUUGUCAGAUAGUGAAUCUGAUGAUAGUAAAUCAAAGAAAAAGCGUGAUUCUGUCGAUAAACCAAGAGGGUUUGCAAGGGGUCUUGAUCCGGAACGGAUAAUUGGGGCUACGGAUAGCAGUGGAGAGCUUAUGUUCCUCAUGAAAUGGAAAGACUCUGAUGAGGCAGAUCUGGUGCUGGCCAAAGAAGCAAAUGUGAAGUGUCCUCAGAUCGUAAUCGCAUUUUAUGAAGAGCGACUAACUUGGCAUUCAUGCCCAGAAGAUGAAGCACAAUAAUUGUUUGCAUUGCUUUUUUAUAUAUAUGGAUAUUAAAACCUGAAAUUUGAUUUAUUAGCAAUGUGAGAAGCAUACAUUCUAACAAGAUUCAAAUUUGAUAUUUUUUUGAAGUAGUAUGUUUUGCAUCAACAGCAAGUAAAUAAAAGCUUUCUGCAACUUGUUUCAGUUAUCACAAGAGAGCAUUUGAUACUACUACUUCCUCCAUAUUAGGUAAAAGCUUUUAUAAAACAUUCAUAAACUUCCAUAGUUAUUACAGAAUCAUAAUGAAUGUCUAAACAAACUCACAGAUGUUUUGUAGUCUUCUAUACUAUUGAUGUGCAUGUAUCUUCUUUACCCAGACCUAGCCCUUUAAACCUGUAGAAUCAUUCUUUUUAGUAAUUGGGAUCACUUGGCCUCAAGAAGACCAAGUGAAAGCUAACUUUGUAGUAAUUUGAAUGUUAUCAGACUGUAUAUUGUUUACUUUAUUGUAAAUACUGGUGAACAGUGGUCAAUAAAAUAGUUUUAUAUUCU